AAUAGUCCACGCUGCUCCUGCCCAGACUCUGGCAUCCUCAGCUGUCUAGUUCCAACAGGUCUCAGCCUCUAAACAACACUUAUAUCCAGCUCAGAUGGAAAACAGGGUGAGCUGCACCAAUAAGGAUGCAGAUAUGAGGCCAGAGGAGGAGCCAGACUAUCAGACACCGCCCACCUGCGAUCUGCUCAGCCUUCUGCUGAAGAACAGACGCCCCACUGGAGCUGUCAACGAGGUUUGGCCCAACCUCUACAUUGGAGACGCGGCUACAGCUCAGGAUAAAACCCUGUUAGUGAAUCUGGGAAUAACACACGUGGUGAAUGCUGCAGAUGGCCCUCAGCACAUUGACACUGGGCCACAGUUCUACGAAGACACCAACAUACUGUAUCACGGAGUAGAAGCAUCAGAUUGUAAAGAUUUUGACUUGAGCCCAUUCUUCACCGAGACAGCUGAUUUCAUCCACGGUGCUCUGAAUCAGAAAGGUAAGGUACUCGUCCACUGUGCACGAGGGAUCAGCCGCUCAGCAGCUCUUGUGCUGGCCUUCCUCAUGAUCAAAGAAAGACGAACCCUCGUGGAGGCUCUUGAGGCUGUGUGUAAGCACAGAAACAUUCUACCAAAUAUCGGAUUUCUGAACCAACUCUGUAACCUGGACUCAUCCUUGGCCCUGCAGAGGAGGAAUAUCAGGAAGUGAAGAUGA